AUGGCGGCGCCUAAGAGAUCGCUAGGCAGAAAAUCAUCGCCCCGUGGCGAUGAAACCCCAGAUUCCCCUCUAUCAUCUGUAGCAGCAUCAUCGGAGCCUUCAGACGACGAGGCUGGUGAUGAAGCUGAAGAGACCGAAUCUCGCCCUUCGAAACGCCAAAAGUUUACCGAGGGAGCAGCCACGCCAACCGCUGUCGCCGCCCCCGAAAUCGAUACCGCUCCCGAACUGGAUGGGAUGUCGGACGUAUCCGAGGAUACGGAUGGCGACGUGCCUAGCUCGCCGACAAACGCCCGAUACGAGGAGGAAGACUUCCAGGAGCAGGUGUCGGCUUGCGCUUGGGAUGGAUGCGAUGCUGGGGACCUGGGAAACAUGGACAACCUUGUUGAACAUAUCCAUAAUGAACACAUUGAGAGUCGACAAAAGAAGUAUACGUGCGAGUGGAUCGGCUGUUCGCGAAAGAGCAUGGCGCAUGCUAGCGGCUAUGCGUUAAAGGCACAUAUGCGGAGUCAUACCCGAGAGAAGCCCUUCUACUGCUACCUUCCUGAAUGCGACCGAGCAUUUACCAGGUCGGAUGCGCUUGCCAAGCACAUGCGCACUGUCCACGAGACCGAAGCCCUGCGACCAUCCGACCCAAUCCCCAAAUCACAGCAUGGAGGAAGCGGUGGCAAAUCCUCUAAGCUCAAGAUUAUCAUCAAGACUCCCCAGUCGCAUGCCACAGGCCAGGACGAUUCAGUUGACGACGGGGCUGAUGGCAAUGAUAGCGAAAAGGAGCAGUUUACACCUCUGCACGAGGAUCUUUUCACAGAAAAGGAGCUCGGCUAUCCGCUGAAGGAGCUGCACGCGAGAUGCAGGUAUCAGGUCAAGCUUGCCGACGAGGAGAGUGAGCGGCUCGCGACGGAUAUCAAGAAGGAAGAGGAGGAGUAUAGGAGGAUGUGGAGGGAGAAGGAAUUGCUCAUCUCCCAGGUUCUACAGGGUGAGAUGGACUGGCAUGAACGACGCGAAGCGAUCAAGUCCGGAGCUGUUAAUAUCAAGCUGGCUGGCGGACACGAGGAGGAUCCUGACGAGUCUCAUGUCAAUGGAGUUACCAACGGUGAUGCGACAGCCAUCGCCGUUGAGGAGUAG